UUUCCAAAGGGCGUAUUUAUCUUCCAGAGUGCUGCCUAAGUGUCGCUUAAUCAUUAAGCAUCUGAUUUCCUCCAAGUUAUCUGUCAUGCUGCUUAUGAUCUAGUGCCCAGGAGGGAGGGACGCAGAGGAUUUUGGCCAUGGCCCCAAGGAAGAGAAGCGGUCGGGGGAUCUCCUUCAUCUUCUGCUGCUUUCGCAGCAGCGACCACCCUGAGAUCACAUACCGGCUGCGCAAUGACAGCAGCUUCGCCCUGCAGACCAUGGAGCCCGCGCUGCCCAUGCCACCGGUGGAGGAGCUGGACGUCAUGUUCACCGAGCUGGUGGAUGAACUUGACCUCACGGACAAGCACAGAGAGGCCAUGUUCGCGCUGCCAGCGGAGAAGAAGUGGCAGAUCUACUGCAGCAAGAAGAAAGACCAGGAAGAAAAUAAAGGAGCCACCAGCUGGCCGGAGUUUUAUAUCGAUCAGCUGAAUUCAAUGGCUGCUAGAAAAUCACUGAUCGCCUUGGAAAGAGAAGAUGAGGAGGAGAGAAAUAAAACAAUCGAAAGUUUGAAGACUGCACUGCGGACAAAACCAAUGAGGUUUGUAACCCGGUUCAUCGACCUGGAUGGCUUGUCGUGUAUUCUGAACUUUCUCAAAAGCAUGGACUAUGAGACGGCAGAGUCUCGAAUACAUACCUCGCUCAUUGGAUGUAUAAAAGCACUAAUGAACAACUCCCUGGGCCGGGCUCACGUCCUGGCCCAUUCGGAGAGUAUUAACGUAAUCGCUCAGAGUCUGAGCACGGAGAAUAUUAAGACGAAGGUGGCAGUGCUGGAAAUCAUGGGCGCUGUGUGCCUGGUUCCCGGGGGCCACAAAAAGGUACUGGAGGCGAUGCUGCAUUACCAGAAAUAUGCCAGCGAACGGACUCGUUUUCAGACGCUGAUCAAUGACUUGGACAAGAGCACGGGGCGGUAUCGGGAUGAAGUGAGCCUCAAGACAGCCAUCAUGUCCUUCAUCAACGCAGUCCUGAGCCAAGGGGCAGGCGUGGAAAGCCUGGAUUUCAGACUCCACCUGAGAUACGAAUUUCUCAUGCUUGGGAUCCAGCCAGUCAUUGAUAAACUACGAGAGCAUGAAAAUUCAACCCUCGACCGGCAUUUAGAUUUUUUCGAAAUGCUUAGAAAUGAAGACGAACUGGAAUUUGCCAAAAGAUUUGAGCUGGUCCACAUCGACACCAAAAGUGCGACUCAGAUGUUUGAGCUGACGAGGAAGAGGCUGACACACACCGAGGCAUACCCGCACUUUAUGUCUAUCCUGCACCACUGUCUCCAAAUGCCUUAUAAAAGAAGCGGCAACACUGUUCAGUACUGGCUGCUGCUCGACAGGAUCGUGCAGCAGAUCGUCAUCCAGAGUGACAAAGGGCAGGACCCCGAUGCCACUCCCCUGGAAAACUUCAAUAUUAAAAACGUCGUCCGAAUGUUAGUCAAUGAAAAUGAAGUGAAACAGUGGAAAGAACAAGCAGAAAAAAUGCGAAAAGAGCACAGCGAGCUUCAGCAGAAGCUGGAGAAGAAGGAGCGGGAGUGUGACGCCAAGACCCAGGAGAAGGAAGAAAUGAUGCAGACACUGAACAAGAUGAAGGAGAAGCUGGAGAAGGAGUCCAGCGAGCACAAGCAGGUCAAGCAGCAGGUGGCGGAUCUCACGGCACAGCUCCACGAGAUGAGCAGGAGGGCGAUCUGUGCUGCUGGCCCCGGAGGACCUCCCUUGCCACCAGGAGCUCCUGGUGGCCCUUUACCUUCUCCAGCUCCCGGAUCUCUUCUUCCCCCUCCACCACCACCACCGCCCCCAGGGGUGUAUGGGGUGAUGCCUCCCCCCGGAGCACCUCUGGGCUUGGCCCUCAAGAAGAAGAGCAUCCCACAGCCGACGAAUGCCCUCAAGUCCUUCAACUGGUCCAAGCUGCCAGAGAACAAGCUGGCAGGCACCGUGUGGACCGACAUAGAUGAUACAAAAGUGUUCAAAAUCCUGGACCUUGAAGACCUGGAAAGGACGUUCUCCGCCUACCAAAGACAGCAGGACUUCUUUGUGAACGGUAACUCCAGACAGAAGGAAGAUGCUAUCGAUGACACCUUGAGUUCCCGGCAUAAAGUCAAGGAGCUUUCAGUCAUAGACGGCCGGAGAGCUCAGAAUUGCAAUAUCCUCCUCUCCAGGCUGAAACUCUCGAACGAGGAGAUCAAACGAGCGAUUUUGACAAUGGACGAGCAGGAGGACCUCCCGAAAGACAUGCUGGAGCAGCUCCUGAAGUUUGUUCCUGAGAAGGGUGACAUUGACCUGCUGGAAGAGCAUAAGCACGAGCUGGACCGCAUGGCCAAGGCUGACCGGUUCCUCUUCGAAAUGAGCAGGAUAAACCAUUAUCAGCAAAGGCUGCAGUCCCUCUACUUCAAGAAGAAGUUUGCAGAGAGAGUUGCAGAAGUCAAACCCAAGGUGGAAGCCAUCCGUGCAGGCUCCAAGGCGGUGCUGCAGAGCAGCAGCCUCCAGCAGCUGCUGGAGGUGGUCCUAGCCUUCGGGAACUACAUGAACAAAGGCCAGAGGGGCAACGCCUUUGGGUUUAAGAUCUCCAGCCUCAACAAGAUCGCGGACACCAAGUCCAGCAUUGACAAGAACAUCACCCUUCUGCACUAUCUCAUCACAAUUGUUGAAAAGAAAUAUCCCAAAGUCCUCCGCCUGCAUGAGGAGCUGCGAGACAUCCCGCAGGCAGCCAAAGUCAACAUGACUGAGCUGGAGAAAGAAAUAAACACUCUGAGGAGCGGCCUGAAAGCGGUAGAGACUGAGCUGGACUUCCAGAAGUCUCAGGUUCAGCAAACAGGUGACAAGUUUGUGUCUGUCGUCAGCCAGUUCAUCACAUUAGCCAGCUUCAGCUUCUCGGAUGUCGAAGAUCUUCUGAUGGAAGCAAAAGAGCUGUUUUCCAAGGCUGUGAAGCACUUUGGAGAAGACACGGACAAAAUGCAGCCCGAUGAGUUCUUUGGCAUCUUUGACCAGUUCCUUCAAGCCGUGACCGAGGCCAAGCAGGAGAAUGAGAACAUGAGGAGAAGGAAGGAGGAGGAGGAGCGCCGGGCGCGCAUGGAGGCGCAGCUGAAGGAGCAGCGGGAGCGGGAGCGCAAGGCGAGGAAGGCGAAGGAGAGCGGGGAGGAAGGUGGCGAAUUCGACGACCUCGUCUCGGCCCUGCGCUCAGGCGAAGUCUUCGACAAGGACCUCUCCAAGCUCAAGCGCAACCGCAAGCGUAUCGCCAACCAGCUGGCCGACAGCGGCCGCGAGAGGCCUGUCACCAAGCUCAACUUCUGA